AUGGCUUCCGUGAUCUUCACCAUCCCGAUUGCCGUCAACUUUCUUGCAGCAAGUCUCAUAGUCACCACCAUCCAGAUCGCGCUCUCCAUUUUCGUGUUCCCCAUCAGCCCUCGCACUUACCGCAUCAUCAAUUGGUAUCUCAUGGGGUCCUUCUGGGCCAUGCUCAUCUGGCUCAUCGAGUGGUGGGGCCGCGUCGAGGUCCGGCUCUACGGCGAUCCCAAAGAUCACGCAUAUUACGGCAAGGAGAGCGCCUUGUGUGUGAGCAACCACCGCAGCGACGUUGACUGGGCCAUCGGCUGGGUUUUCUCCCAGAGGUGCGGCUGCCUUGGAGGCACGCGAGCACUGAUCAAGGAGGAGGCCAAGUGGAUGCCUGUGAUUGGCUGGUCCAUGUGGUUCUCUGAGUACCUCUUCAUCGCCCGUAACUACGCCACCGACCAGCGGAGAAUACUCGACGGCUACGCUCGGCUGCGCAGCUUUCCGCGGUUCUUCUGGGUGGCUCUGUUCAUGGAGGGCACGCGCUUCACGCCCGAGAAGCUCAAGGCGGCGCAGGAAUACGCCAAGGAGGCGGGGCUGCCCAUCCCCCGCCACGUGCUCGUGCCCCGCACCAAGGGCCUGGUGAUGUCAGUGGAGCAGAUGCGGGGCCACGCGGGGGCUAUCUAUGACUUCACCGUCAACUACCCCGUGGGGAAGAACCCCCCAACGUUCGCUAACAUUUUCAAGCGCAAGGCCUCGCAGAUUGACGUGUACUAUGAGCGGGUCCCCAUGGACCAAAUCCCUCAGGAUGCAGAGGGCAUCUCCAAGUGGUGCCAAGAAUCGUUCGUGAAAAAGGACAAGAACCUGGAUUAUUAUGUUGAACACAACGGCUUCGAUGAGAAAAUGAGGCUCAACACGACCAAGUCUCCGAAAUCCAUUUUGCACACGUGCUUCUGGACGGUUUUGAACUUCGUGGUAUAUGGCUGGAUCUUCACCCGGAACUUAUCGUCGAUCACCUUCACUUGGGCAACUUUGGGAUGGAUCGCUGUCGGCGUGGCUGCCGUACUCGGCGUAAUGCAAGUGCUUAUCAGGUUCACUCAAUCAGAGCACUCCACACCGGCAUCUCGCCUUAAUCGUGGAGGGGGAGGGGGAGGAGGGGAGGUCGACCAACGGUUUCCGGAGUCGAGUCCAACUGAUGAAGCUCCUGCCAAAGCAAACGUGAACGGACAUGAAGCACCCGCGCCAUCCGCACCAGAGCCGCCGAAACCCAAGGAACCAGAGAAGCCUCCAGCGCCAGCGCAGAGCGACAACGCGCUGAUGGGGCUGGACAUGCCGGCGGCGCCGUUCGAGCUGCGCACGUUCAAGUUCAAGGAGCUGCACAAGGCCACGCAGGGCUUUAAGGAGCCCGACAACGUGCUGGGCGAGGGCGGGUUCGGCAAGGUGUACAAGGGGUUUCUCAAGGACUGGGAGGGCAGCAAGGAUGCUUUUCCCAUCGCUGUGAAGAAGCUUAAUCCGAACAGUUUCCAGGGCCAGCAGGAAUGGCUGGCCGAAAUUCUGCUUCUGGGUCGUGUGCGCCAUCAGAACCUGGUGAAGCUCCUCGGAUACUGCGCGGAGAACGGGGAGGGUAUGCUGGUGUAUGAGUUCCUGGGCAAGGGCAGUCUUGACUACCAUCUCUUCCCUGAGCCCAAGGAGGAUGACCCUACCCCCCCCACGCCGCUGCCAUGGGAGAUAUUGUCCCCCAAACUGACAGCCUUUGCACUGGCCAAGGGAGUGGGCACUGACUAUACGGGAGCAGACACGGACCAAACCCACGUGACGACGCGCAUCAUGGGCACCAUGGGGUACCUCGACCCCAAGUACAUGGAAACCGGCCAGCUCACCCGCAUGCCUUGCCUGUGCACACACCAUCUUCAUACCCCUCCCCCCCCCCACCUUCCCCGCUUUCUCCUCCCCUCUCCCUGUCAUUUUCGCCCUCUCCCUUCGCUCCUUUUCCCUACCCAGGACUGGUCUGCGAAGCUGACGGAUUUCGGGCUGGCAAAGGGAGCGGACACGGACCAAACCCACGUGACGACGCGCAUCAUGGGCACCAUGGGGUACCUCGACCCCAAGUACAUGGAAACCGGCCAGCUCACCCGCAAAUCCGACGUCUACGCCUUCGGAGUCAUGCUCCUCGAGCUCCUCACAGGGAAACGCGCCAUGGAUCAAACGCAGCAGGGCAUGCCGCCGCUCACGGCCUGGGCGCAGCAGUAUUUGAACCAGCGAAAGCCGGAUAUUGGAGCUCUCGUCGACCCGUGUCUGCUGGAUCAGUUUACCACGAAGGCGGCGCAGCGGGCGGCACAUAAGCUGGCGAUCUCGGCAAAGCAUUGUAUCGAGGAGGAUCCGAACCUGCGGCCGCUGAUGAGUGAUAUGGUGGAGACGCUUCGCCCGCUGGUGGCUGCGGCUCAGGAGCAGUCGGCUGCUGCUGCUGCCAGCGCUGGAGGGGGCGGGGAGUAG